AGCCGGGUAGAUUAAUGCACCCGCACAGGCUGAACGGUAUUAGAAUAGAACACAGGAGCUCUUAACGACUGCUUAGCUCGCCAAUAUAUUCUAUUUCAUACUUGUCUGGUAGAGAAAACGACAGCUGAUCCAAAACAUUUUGAAUUGUAUUCUACUGUUUUUAUUUGAUCUGUGCUGAUCUGAAAGCGCGUAACGGUGGUAUUUUGGGGGGACUGAUAUUAGUGGGAAACCUAGGUUUCUUUCGUGUUUUAUUUCACUACCCUCUAGGAAUGCUUACUCAGAACAGGAUACAAAAGAUCUGGAUUCCUUCAAAGGAUGACAAACCGGCAGUCCCCCGGCGAUUGACAGGGGCCCCCCACCUGGCCAACCCCCCCACAGUGAUUGUGAUGGUGGGUCUGCCAGCCAGGGGGAAGACCUAUAUGUCCAGGAAACUCACCCGAUACCUCAAUUGGAUCGGCAUGCCCACCAAAGUCUUCAACGUGGGAGAGUAUCGCAGAGAAGCAGUCAAGAACUACAGCUCGUAUGACUUCUUCAAGGCUGACAAUGAGAAUGCCGUGAAAAUCAGACAACAAUGUGCCUUAGCAGCUCUGAUGGACGUUAAGUCUUACCUGACAGAGGAGGGAGGCCAGGUUGCAGUCUUCGAUGCCACCAACACUACUCGUGACAGACGAGACAUGAUCCUGGACUUCGGCAGUGAGUACGGCUUCAAGAUCUUCUUCAUCGAGUCGGUGUGUGAUGAUCCCAGCGUCAUCGCCACAAAUAUCAUGGAAGUGAAGGUGUCCUGCCCAGACUACCAGGACUGCAACAAGACAGACGCCAUGGAAGAUUUCCAUAAGAGGAUAGAGUGUUACAGGGUUCACUACGAACCCCUGGACCCAGACCAGUACGACAGGAGCCUGUCCUUCAUCAAGGUGAUAGAUGUAGGCAGAAGGUUCCUGGUGAACCGGAUCCAGGACCACGUCCAGAGUAAGAUCGUCUACUACCUGAUGAACAUCCACGUCCAGCCCAGAGCCAUCUACCUGUGUCGCCAUGGAGAGAGCAUGCACAACCUGCAGGGGCGCCUGGGGGGAGACUCAGGGCUGUCGCCAAGGGGGAGAAAGUUUUCUGGGGCGUUGUCGAUGUUCGUUAACGAGCAGAAUUUGACGGAUCUGAAGGUGUGGACCAAUCAGAUGUGUUGCAGCAUCCAGACUGCUGAGAGCCUGGGAGUGCCCUACGAACAGUGGAAGGCCCUCAAUGAGAUAGACGCUGGUGUGUGUGAGGAUAUGACGUACGAUGAGGUGAAGGAGAAGUACCCUGAGGAGUUUGCCCUGAGAGACCAGGACAAGUACUACUACCGCUACCCCACAGGAGAGUCCUAUCAGGACCUGGUCCAGCGGGUGGAGCCAGUGAUCAUGGAGCUGGAGAGACAGGGGAACGUUCUGGUUAUCUGUCACCAGGCUGUGAUGCGCUGUCUGCUGGCUUACUUCCUGGAUAAGAGUGCAGAAGAGAUGCCCUACCUGAAGUGUCCCCUCCACACGGUGCUGAAGCUCACCCCCGUUGCCUACGGCUGCAAGGUAGAGUCCAUCUCGCUCAACGUGGAAGCGGUGAACACCCACAGAGAGAGACCAGAGGAGAUGAAGAAGUAUCCUGGGACUCUGAUCAGGAGGAACAGUGUGACCCCCCUGACCAGCCCCGAGCCCAACAUCAAGAAACCCCGCAUCGACGGCCUGGACGAACCCCUCCAGGAGCUGCCCCCCUCGCCCAUGUCCCUCUGUACUCCUUCCCACCUCACCUUGGCCGGACAGAACAUGAAGAGAAAGUCCAACAAUCGCCAUGAGAUCCUGCAGCUCUGCCAAUGAGAUCGCACCGCCUCGUCACCUGAUCCAAGACCCCAGGAAGUGAUGCCGGCAAUGAAAAUUCAACAAUGUCACCAAAAUGGAUAUUGUUGUGUUUUUCCCCAUCUUCCUCUUUGUGGAGAUCGCAGGGCACUUCUGUUCUCUGUUCUCACACAGACGUGUUAGUGAGUGUCUGGUCUGUGAUAUCUGCCAGUGCUUGUAGAUCAAACGCUUUUCCUCUGGGAAAGAGAUAGAGAGAACACUGUACAUUAGAGGUCUCCUCGGGUCCACCCAAACCCAAAAUACCUGACACUCGAGCGGGCCCGGGUCCAAAAUUCUACGUUUUCCAUCGGGUCUGGGCCGGGUCCGGUUUGAUUGUAAUCGGGUCUUGGGUCUAUGUAACUACAGCUGAUAGACCCGAGUGGACCCAAAUGGACCCGGCCAUGACUUUGCGUAGCCUAUAGCAUAUUUAUUUACCAGUAAAACAUACUGUAUGCUACUGUACAAUAUGUUCAGAGAAUGUCUUGAGGAACACUGACUCACCUAAGCCGUGGUUGGUUCUCACAAGGUUUGUACAGAAGAUAGGGACAAACUAGCAUGUCUCAACCACUCUGCUUUCUCCUCUGGUUUCUCAGAAGUGAAUCUGUAGUGAUAGCUCACCCUGGAUUUGUGGUUUAAUUAGGGUAAUAGCUCUGAUUCUAAGGAGCUAUUAUAUCUGGUUUGAGUGACUACUUGGCAGUCGGCAAGGCAUCCUUCAGAGAGCUGGAACCAGGCCAAAUAUUUAAGUCUCCCUUUCUUGACACCCUCCUGAGAUCUGAGUGAUGAAUGGUUAGCUCACUCUUUUAAAAACAGAUGGAAACGUUUAGUUUACGAUGUAAACAUUUUCCUAUAGGGAUGCCUCUGAAAUAAUGACUCCCCAAAUUGUGUUAAUCACUCUGACUUGUUGACGUUGAGCACUUAUUCACUUUUUUGUUAUGAUUUACGAUUUGAGUAUCAUACUGUUAUUUAAAGGAUGUUAAAUUGAACGAUCGGUGUACUCAUGUGCUAUGAAAUGAAUGAUCAUUUUGCACAGAAAAGUUGACAUUCCUGUUGAGUUGUGUGUAUGACUGUGUCCAUAGACACAAUUUUCUCUUUCUGUCUUUCCCUCCGAAAGGAGAUUUGGACCUAGAGUGCCUAGUGCUUGUCCUGCAAGCCCAAUGCUGCUUCUGUACCCAUAUAGCUGGCCAUAGAAAUUCAGACAUAUGGUACCUUCAGAGUACAUGCAGUAUAACGUGAUUCACUUUUCUUUGUAAGUCAGCUGUUAACAUGUGUGAGCGCUUAUAUCUUUGUUAUGAAAAUACGUUCUGUAAAUAGACAUGUAAAUAUAUCAGACUUGAAGGAAUGCACAGCGUUUCGAAUGUUCAAGUCUAGAACUGAGUGGAAAGGUAUUUUGUAGAUGCUCGUUUGUACUGCUCACUGUUUGGCUGAUUCAUACUUAAUUGUAAGGUGUGUACUGCUCUGCCUUACAAAGGUAAAACACAGUAACUAUGCCAACAGUGAAACUGAGAAAAAUGGCUUUACAUUUUUUUUUGCUAGCCAGCCAAAUAUGUUCUGCAUAUCAUAUUGGCAGUACUACUUUUGUUCAUUUGUUUGCUUCUGAUACUUGAAUUUAGUUUUUUUGUAAUACAUUUUUUUCUCAUUAUUUAUUUCUAUGUAGAUUUAGAUGAUCGUUUGGAGCGGAUGGCACCUGGUCUUGCCUGAGUAAUGUGUAUGAUUUGUGUAUGACAAGCAAAGCUUCUGAGAGGACAACAUGUGUAUAUUCUGCAUUUGCUGGGCCAAUAAAUCUCUGGGAAAAUAA